GAAAAAUCAACCAAGGCCGAGGAAAAAAGAGAAACGAAAAAAAAACACAGCAAAUUAGAGAGGGGGAACACGCGAAGUUAGCCGGAGGCCAACCCUCGCGCCUCGCACACACCGUACCUCCCUACCUCCGCCGGACGUCGGGCGACCGACCGAUCGAUCUGUCAAACGCGCGGCUAUGGCCGACGCACAGGCCCCGUCCCCGGCGCGGUUCACGGCGCGGGAGCUCGCGGCGGCGGAGCAGCUCAUCCACCUCAGCGAGAGCAGCUCCUCCUCCUACGCCGCCCUCCCGCGGGGAUCCGUCGCGUCGGCCUCCUCCACCUCGUCCCCGCGCUCCGUCAACGCGCCGCCGCCGCCUGCGACCCCUCCUCCAGCUGGGCUAUUAGCCGCCCCGGCGGAGGAUGACGAAGACGACCUGGACCAGCAGGAGGUGCGCGGGAGGCCACGCAGGAACAGGCGCUACCGCCUGAUCGCCGAGAUCUACGCGGCCUCGGAGCCCAAGCCGAUCGUGGGCGGGGCGCGCCGCAGGAAGGUGGACAGGCCCUCGACGGACGGCGCGCCGGAGGCCAGGAAGUAGAGGGAGAGAGAGAGGAGGUGGACUUGCUUGUAAUUAUGGAUAAUUAUCAGGGACUAGCUAGCUCUAGCUUUGCUAUAGGAAGGUUUGUGUGAGAGCUUGGUUUAGAUUGGCAUAUCUACCCACCAUCCAUUCUCUCUACCUUAGCUACCUUUUUGUUACUCAUAUCAUGCAUGAUGUUCUUCUUUCUCAUGGAUCAUCUGAUCCAUUUCUCUUCUGGGAGAGAAGAUCGAUGACACAGAUCGGUGAUCAUCACUAGGAGUUGGUGGGUUAUUAACUGUAAAUUAAACUAUUGUAUAUAUCCUUUCACUAGUGAGAUCAGU